AUGGCUGCAGGACUCAUCCUUACGUUGGAAAGGAAAUGCACAGGGUCUGUCAUACCACUUUCAGAAAGAUUUUACUUGGAUGGUAACAAGUCUCUUGUUUGCCGCCUGGGUGGACCAUCAUCACUCCCUGGCUUCAAAGCAAAAGGUCUGGAGCCGAAAGACUUUGGAACCUCUGCCCCAAAUAAUUAUGAGAAUGGUGCUUCUGCUUCUCCUGAGCUACAUGGGGGAGGUGACGUAGCAGUCACAGCCUUUGCUGAUCUGUCAUUUGAUCUUCCUCUGAAGCCGCUCAGGGAGCUGGGAAUUCAUGGCCACACAUUCAUUUCUGCUGGAAAUCUUGCUAAACUAACAGAGCAUGGUCUUGGGAAGUUUUCCGUUACUGACUUCCUACAGACAUUCAGAAGUUCUGCAGGAUUCGGUGUAGUUGUGCCAACCAGACUGUUCCGCAUAGCGGUCUGUCCCGUCGCACUCUUCAAAUUUUCCAGUGAAUUUAGUGGGGGAAGGCAGGUGUACAGUUUAACUUCUCAUUGGGCUAAUUUGUUUGGCAGCAUCACCUCACGCUGGGGAGGGACUUCACUUUUGGAUGUUGAUGUGAAUGCUUUGGACUGGAAUGAUGGAAUCGUGUUUGUCCAAGGAUCCUGCUUGAAUCAGUCAACAAUGCAGGUGAGAGGUGACGCAGCCUCCAUGUUUAAAUUGACACAGCCAACACACACAUUAAUGGAUGAAUGUAUCAACGACAGGUCUGACAAAGAUGUCCAUGAAGAAAUGGCGAUGCAGAUGAAGCAGCAGCAGCAGCCAACGAAUUGA